AAUUGAUAGGGUUGAGUAGAAGUGAACCUCCUCAUUUUGGUUUUGCGGGAUAAUAGAACAAAACACACAGAAGCUCAUUUGGUUUUUGCGGUCCAAACUUGAAAGCUUGAAAGCAUGGAGGAAAAUCAAAGGUUGUUUCUUAUGGCGUCACCGUUACAAGGGCACAUAACGCCGUUACUCCACCUGGCAGACAUCCUGUUCUCGAAGGGGUUCUCCAUCACCAUCGUCCACACCCUCUUCAACUCCCCCGACCCUGCUUCCUACCCUCACUUCGAUUUCCGCUCCAUCUCCGAUGGGUUAUCCCAAACGGAAGCCUCCACGCUCGACGCCGUGCACCUCACCGACCUCAUCAAUGUCCGAUGCAGAAACCCUCUCAGGGACUUAUUGGCUGCGGCGCUGUCUCAGUGUAGGCAACGUGUUCCUUGCUUCAUCGCCGACGCUGCCCUUCAUUUCACUCAAACCGUGUGUGAUGAGUUGAAGCUCCCGCGCCUUGUUCUCAGAACUGGUGCUGCUUCCUCUUUUCUUGUUUUUGCCUCCUUUCCUCUCCUUAGACAAAAGGGUUACCUCCCCGUACAAGAAUCUCGAUUGGAGGAGCCUGUGGUGGAUCUUCCACCGCUUAAAGUGAAAGACCUUCCUAAGUUUCCGUCACAGGACCCCGAGGCAUUCUAUAAGCUAGUUUGUCGUUUUGUUGAGGAAUGCAAGGCAUCUUCGGGGGUUAUUUGGAACACCUUUGAAGAGUUGGAAUCAUCUGCAUUGACAAAACUGCGCCAAGAUUUGUCCGUACCAAUGUACCCUAUAGGUCCUUUUCACAAACAUUGUCUUACAGGUUCAACUUCUUCUACUAGCUUGUUGACCCCAGACAAAAGCUGCAUGUCUUGGUUAGACACACAAGAACGUCGAAGUGUUGUUUAUGUGAGUUUUGGGAGUAUUGCAGCUAUAAGUGAGGCCGAGUUCUUGGAGAUAGCUUGCGGGUUAGCCAACAGCAAGCAACCAUUCUUGUGGGUGGUUCGACCUGGGCUAAUUCAUGGCUCAGAAUGGCUUGAACCAUUGCCAAGUGGAUUCCUAGAGAAUUUGGGAGGAAGAGGCUACAUUGUCAAAUGGGCUCCUCAAGAACAAGUGCUGAGCCAUCCUGCAGUGGGAGCAUUUUGGACUCAUAAUGGUUGGAACUCAACGUUGGAGAGCAUAUGUGAAGGGGUUCCAAUGAUUUGUAUGCCUUGUUUUGCUGACCAAAAGGUCAAUGCCAAAUAUGCAAGCGAUGUUUGGAAGGUUGGGGUGCAUUUACAGAAUAAGCUAGAGAGAGGAGAGGUAGAGAAGACCAUAAAAAAACUAAUGGUUGGGGAUGAAGUGAACGAGAUUAGAGAGAAUGCCUUCAAUUUGAAGGAAAAGGCAAGUGUUUGCUUGAAACAAGGUGGUUCGUCUUACAAUUUCCUUGAUAGCUUGGUUAGUGACAUAUUUUCGCUGGAGUCUUCUACUUCUAAAGCUCAUUGAUUUCUCUACAACAGUCAAUUACAUGUAAUGCAGAAGGUAACUUAGUAUAUGUACAACAAUCACUGAACAGAACAAUCAAAUACUGAUAUAGCACAUAAUAUCCACAACCUUUUACUCUUGCCUUGUCUACAAUUUAAAUAUUUUUUGCUUAUCCAUGAGUGAAUCUUCAGUUUUCUCAGUUCAAAUGUAUUUUCUACCAGUUUUUUGCAUAUAUUCCAUUUGAUUUAUGUUCUAAGUUGUAACAUUAAAGAUUAAGUUUAUACUCUAUAAUCGUAUUCUCUAUAAAUUGAUGUAUGUUCA